AUGAAUCCGCUCUCCAUCACUGCCUCUACUUUGACGGUGAUCCAGGCUGUUGGCGUCGUGACAAUCGGGGUGGGAACUUUUGUGCACUCGCUACGAACUAUUGAUUCACGCUUGACGGGUCUUUACGAUGAACUUUCUGAUCUUCAAGGCAAUCUUAAGACGAUUGAAAAUACGCUGAUAGGUUGUAAGGAUAUUGACCUAAGCCUGAUCGACGAUGCGAUAUGGCAUCAAAGCGAGAUCGCCAUUGGCAAUUGCCAAGCUACGGUCAACGAUUUGGCCCGACUCGUGGACAAGAUCAAAGAAGCAUCAAGACCUGGGACAAUAGGAUGGAAAGUCCAAGCCAUCUUUGAGUUGAAGGUUCACGAGCGAGACCUAGCUGGCUUUCGCGAUAAAGUCCACCAAUCUAAUUCAGCUCUCCAAACCAUGCUUCAUAUAAUUGUUGUGUCUCUUUCACUGCGACAAAAUGCAUCCCAAAGCCAGAUUCUUACCGAGCUUAGCAACUUGAAACAAUCUAUAAAUAACACAUGGAAUGCUUCAUCGAAGCCAACCGGAGACCGGCGGAACUCGAUGUCUGGAAACAGACUGGAUAAUAACAUCACACGAGACUUGCGCCAUUUGGCUGCAGCUGCCGAAACUUUCUACGCCACAGCGAGCUCAACGGCAGGCACAUUAAAAAGUGACGACGGCAAAAGCAUAUUGAACUCAUUUGUAGGCAGCGAAGCAAGUGGCGUGGGAGACCUCCCUUACUUGCGGUACCAGCUCCUGGAGCAAUAUCUCCACAAUCUUCACUCUGAACAUCCUUCUUCGGUUUCGAGCUAUCCAUCUCGUAAAACCCCUUUCAAAUCAGAGUUGAUAAUUGAGGGCCCAACCAUGAUAGAAAGAGCGAAUAAAACCAGCACCGAAACCAAGAACAAGCCUCAUCAUCCUGAUUCCAGUGCUUUCGAUAUUCCGAAAGAGGAAGUUGAUGACAGUUAUUUCGAAGAUGUCAUCUUAGAGGGAAUGAGAGAGCUGGCUAUUGCAAGUAUUAAAGCGCUAGACUUCGACGAAGCAAUCCGCUUAAUCAAAGAGGUCGUCUGCGAUGGGUUCGAAACGAAGAGAAGAAACUUCGACUAUUUCGAGAUAUUUAGCCAAUUAAUCCUUUGUUACUUUUUCAAGGGAGAGUGGCGACUCGCAGAACCAUUGGUGAAUCUUCUCUCGGAAUCAAAUGAGAAAAGGCCAGACCCAAGUCAUGAAUUGAUCAUCUACAACUUCUCCCAUGCUCUAUCGCUUUGCUACCUAGCUGAGUAUUCCUUUGAGCGAGCCCUUGAGUACUGUAAACGAGCACUCUAUGGGAAAAGAAGACUAUACAAGGCCGGGCAGGCUGACGGGAGAGAGUACGAGGAAACAUUAGGAUUAUACGCGACCAUAUACGAAGUUUCUGGUGACUGCAUACGUGCAGAAAUCUUCAGACGCCAACUGUUGGCAAAAUCUAUAUACAUACACCCAGAGAAUGUUGUUGUUUUCUUCCAAGGCCACGAGAAACUACUCGCUAGUAUCCUCGGCUCGGAUGAUAUCCAGACAUUAACUGGAGCUCUCCUAACGAGCACGGCUGAGUUAGCGGCUUCUCCGACGGACAUUACUCAUGGAGAAGUACCAGCGAAGAUAUCUGGCGGCAAUAUCUUAAGAAUGAAACUUACUGGACACGAAAUGCUUGAUCGGGAUACUGCAAAAGAGGCGGUCGUCGACACUCUCCGUUCCCCAUAUGAGGCAGACGACGAACUUUCGCCCACAGGACCGACUAUAACAAAUCCCCAAAGUCCUAAAGAGAAGUCGCCGAUUCGGAGACAUCUUACCCGGAUUUUCAAACCAAGGAGCUCCCGCCUCGACACAUUUGGCUCUGCUGGUAGAGAUGAAGGCGAUUUACCAAUGAUUAAUAGUCCACCUACCAUGAAACCCUCAAGUAGAUUCAGGCUGUUCUCUCAUAGAGGACCAAGUCUCAAGAAUUCCAGAACCCAACGGCGAGGGCAUGCUGAGAUUGCCAUGUCUGAUGAGAUGGGUAGGACUACCUGUAGUCAGGGGACUUCUACCGCUCGUACUGGCCAAAGAAUUCUGGAUUGUGUGCAAGAGACAGCCGAUCAUACAUCAGUCGAUGAGUUGCGAAACUCCGAUUCGGGAUCCUAUGGUACCAGAGGACAGCAAUUAAAGGCAUCAUCUCACCUUGAAUCGGUGGACACGUCUAGGCAUGAGUUAGGAGACACAUCACUACCCGCUGAAUUGGGAGAUACAUCACCACCGGAUCAAAGGAUAACCACAUCACAAGCAACCAAAUGCGAAGACGCAUAUGAAAAGUUGGAUAACAUAAUUGAAUCUGGUAAGGAUUCUGAUGAUGGGUCCACGGCUCUUGACCCUGAAUUGACCUCCGAAAGACCGCCGGCCACCCACAUUGAUCCCAAUUAUGACCACGAUGCCAAGGAGUCAUUUGGGAUAGACAGCAACCGAGACAAAUCAAGAGAGGAACAGCCACGUGACUUUUCUUCGAGGUUCGAACAUUGUCGUGCGGAGCUCUGGUUUGGCGACAAAUGGGCUCAAGCACUUCAAAACAUUACUUCUCAGCUAGCUAUCCAUCUCUCCUCGAUAAACGGGAAUCAAGAUUUAAAUAGUCUACAGUACCAUAACCAGGCCCUAACUGAGCUUUUCCCAAGUUUCAAGGCCCUUAGCAGUGAUCCAAAUAUGGUCAAUGAUAUUAGAGUGGCCAUGUUCAGUUUGCGGAAGAAGAUCAAGGAACUGCCGCAGGGUCACGAAGAUUCUGGUUACGAGUCUUCCCAGAAUUCUCGGGACAAAGGAACAGCUUCGAUAGAUUCCACGGAAACCAAGCUGCGGAGGUGGAUACGACCUUGUCACCCGCCAGCCAGCAGGAACACAGAUUACGCUCAAACGCAAGAGAACGCUCAAACGCAAGAGAAAGUGCAGAGCCCACACCCAACAGCCGAUCACUCUUUGGAAACUCAACCUGCUAUCCUCAAACGAACAGCCUGA